AUGGCCUUUCUCUGGAUCCUCUCCUGCUUCGCCCUCGUGGGCACCACCUUCAGCUGCGGGGUCCCCGCCAUCCGGCCGGUGCUGAGCGGCCUGUCCAGGAUCGUCAAUGGGGAGAACGCUGUCCCCGGCUCCUGGCCCUGGCAGGUGUCCCUGCAGGACCGCACCGGCUUCCACUUCUGCGGGGGGUCCCUCAUCAGCGAGGACUGGGUCGUCACCGCUGCCCACUGCGGGGUCAAAACCUCCGACGUGGUGGUGGCUGGGGAGUAUGACCAGGCCUCAAACGCGGAGGACAUCCAGGUCCUGAAGAUCGCCAAGGUUUUCAAGAACCCCAAUUUCAGCCUGCUCACCGUGCGCAACGAUAUCACCCUGCUGAAGCUGGCCACACCCGCGCGCUUCUCCCGGACCGUGUCCGCCGUGUGCCUGCCCAGCGCCUCCGACAACUUCCCCGCCGGGACGCUGUGCGCCACCACCGGCUGGGGCAAGACCAAGCACAACGCCCUCAAGACCCCCGACAAGCUGCAGCAGGCCGCCCUGCCCAUCGUGUCCAGCGCCGACUGCAAGUCCUACUGGGGCAGCAAGGUCACGGACGUGAUGAUCUGUGCUGGCGCCAGCGGCGUCUCCUCCUGCAUGGGCGACUCUGGUGGCCCCCUGGUCUGCCAGAAGAAUGGAGCCUGGACCCUGGUGGGCAUUGUGUCCUGGGGCAGCAACACCUGCUCCACCUCCACACCAGCUGUGUACGCCCGUGUCACCGCGCUCAUCCCCUGGGUGCAGCAGAUCCUGGCCAACAACUGAGCCUGUGGCUCCUGCCAGCCCAAGCCCCAGAAGCCUUAAUAAAAGCGUCUGUACA